CACCCCGGCAACUCUACUUCGGAAGGACCUUCGAAAGAUUCGAUAGAAUCUUCCCUGAAGCUCUUUCAAGAAAACCGGUAUCCGGCUAUUCAGACCUUGACAUGGAAUGGUUCCGUCUCUUACGAGACCCUUCGCCACUGCUCCGUUAUCACCACCAGCAUUACCUCCCUGCGCAAGGUCGUGUUCUCAGAGGCUUAUGCGAGAAAAGAUGCCAAUGACUUCUGUGAAGUCCUCUUACGCAUGCCAACUGCCUGUCCAAAUCUCGAGACGAUAGCGUUCCAUUGCUAUCCCUCUUGGGAUCUAUUGUUCCAUAUGCUUUUACGCCGAAACUUUAUGCCAGGUUCUAUCGUGACACCACUACGGUUCAUCCAUCUUCCCGGAUAUCCAUCAAAGACGUUCCUAACGCCAUUGAUCGAUUUACUAUCCCAACGUGUCCCUCUCUUGCCAGCUCUGUCACAAAUAGCGCUCUCUUUCCGAAACGGAGUUUUUGACCCCACACUCGCAGAAAUCCAGGUGAUUGAUGCGCACAGAGAACUACCAGAGCAACCAAAAGCAAAACUAGAGCAGGCUCAAAAUAACCGUGCGCCAAGCUCUGGUUCGAUUCCUGGCCGCAACGAAGGCAGAUCUGGAACCGCUAUAGUGAAGAAUGGGGAAGGAAGUACCGGAGGAUUUUCGCUUGUGGCAAACACGACUUUGCAGAUCUCAUUUGCGUCUCUGGUACACAGAUGCCGAUUAGGUCGCCUCCGACUUCACGUUCAUAAGGAGCCAAUAUGA